AGUGGUAAAACCCGCGGGGAGCGAGCCGGAGGGGCACAGCUGGUUGGUGGGCUGGUGGGAUGGCAGAUGAGGAAGAAGACCCUACCUUUGAGGAAGAAAAUGAAGAAAUUGGAGGAGGUGCAGAAGGUGGACAGGGUAAAAGAAAGAGACUUUUUUCUAAAGAAUUACGAUGUAUGAUGUAUGGGUUUGGAGAUGAUCAGAAUCCUUAUACCGAAUCAGUGGAUAUUCUUGAAGACCUUGUCAUAGAGUUCAUCACUGAGAUGACUCACAAGGCUAUGUCAAUUGGAAGACAAGGUCGAGUACAAGUUGAAGAUAUCGUCUUUUUGAUUCGAAAGGACCCAAGGAAGUUUGCUAGGGUUAAAGACUUGCUUACUAUGAACGAAGAAUUGAAACGAGCUAGAAAAGCAUUUGAUGAAGCAAACUAUGGAUCUUGACACCUGUUGUACUAAAUGAAACUGCAUUAUCUUCCGGGGAAACCGUAUAUAAUAAUGGUGUAUUUUCUACAAUAAGGUUCUGAUAUCUAGGCAUGUAAAUGAAAGAUGGAAAAACACAAAGUUUUCAGCGUUUAUUUUCCUGUUUUCAAUUUUAGAGUGAUAUUUGAGCCUUUAAUUGCCUGCCUUUAUAUGACCAUACUUGAAUUACUUAUUGGGUUUCAGUGACCACACAUAAGUUAAAGUACCUUGCAAACCAUGCAGUUCCUUCUGAUUUUUACCACCUAAAGGAUGAAGUAGUAUUUAUGUUUUAGGUAUAUAUGUGCCAUUGUAAGCUAUAGUGUAGCUGUUUAAUAUGUGAAAUCUAAAUGGCAUCUUUGACUCUAUGAUAAUUGAGACAUGUGCUUCAUGCAUUCUGAAGUUUUUAGACAGUAGUCUGAGAGGUUAUUAAAGAUAGUGAACUGGUUUGUGUUUCUUUUAAGGAGAUGGUAAUAUAAAUACAGUUUUUUGUAAGAAUAUUUAUCUGUCUUAAAAGAUAAUUUGUUUUGAUAUUCUUUUCUUCAGAUAACAAGAGUGAUUUUUUUUUUGGAGAAUCUAAAAGUUUUAUAUGAAUGCUUUCAUGUUGGAAGGCUUUUGAUUUAAAACCUUUUGGAGCUUAUAAUGUACUAUUUAAGUUUUUAAAGAACUCUUUCCCAGAUCAAAGCUUGUAAAAACAAAUGCUUUCAGUAGCAGGAAUGGUAUUGCUUUAAAGGCUGAUGGCAGGAUAAGCAUUUGGAAUAGUGUUUUAUUAACAUAUUUGUCAGUACUUGUUCAUUGUGGAAAUGCAUACUUGACUAAUACCAUAUGUGGCUAUGGAAACCACUUUUGUAGUUCAGGAUAUACAAGCUUUGUGUGUAUUUAGCUUAUUGUAUUAAAUUAUUAUUGUACUUAGCUUAAAAUAAGGAUUAAAAGUGGAUUUAAAGAGAUCACAAUAUUAUUCUUUGUGAAAAUGAACUUUUUUGUGUGCCCCUUGUAAAUGUUAUCUAUAAAUAUUUGGAAAAAUUUUACUUUCUUA